UCUGCGGCCCCAGCAUCGACAUCGGGAACGACAUCAGUGAGUUCAGGCGUCUGGAGAACUGCACGGUGGUGGAGGGAUACCUGCAGAUCUUGCUCAUCGGCGACAAAAACAAUAACAACAUCAACCAGGAGUUCUUCCGCUCGCUCAGCUUCCCAAAGCUCACCAUGGUCACCGACUACCUGCUGCUGUUCCGCGUCUCCGGCCUCGACAGCCUCAGCACGUUGUUUCCAAACCUCGCCGUCAUCCGUGGGCGAAACUUAUUCUACAACUACGCCCUGGUGAUCUUCGAGAUGACCAGUCUGAAGGACAUCGGGCUUCUCAACCUGAGGAACAUCACGAGAGGCGCCAUUCGGAUCGAGAAAAACCCCGAGCUCUGCUACCUGGACUCUGUUGAUUGGUCUCUUAUUCUGGACGCCGAGUUCAACAAUUACAUCGCCGGGAACAAACAGUCGAAGGAAUGCAGCGAUGUUUGUCCGGGCAUCAUGGAGAACAGCCCUCAGUGCAGCAAGACCAUGUUCAACAACAACUACAACUACCGCUGCUGGAACUCCAACCACUGCCAGAAAG